AUGUCGGCACCUAAUAGCACACAUGGUAAUAAUGCAGUUUAUAGAGAAGAUGGUGUUAGAUUAUAUGGUAUGGAUGCAGAAAUCGAAUUGAAACAAAGGGCUAAAAGAGAUCCACAAUUAGAAAAGGAAUUGGCACAAUGGAUUGAAAAAGCAAUUGGUGAAAAGUUAAAAUACCCAAAUGAUUUGAUUGAAUCACUUCGUAGUGGUAUUGUACUAUGCAAAUUAAUUAAUACUCUGUUACCUGGGACUAUCAAAUCAGUAAAUACUAGAGAUACAGCAUUACAUCAUAUGGAAAAUAUUGGUUUAUAUAUUAAAGCAUGUUGGAAAGUCGGUGUUGAAUCUUCAGAUCUAUUUGUUGCCUCGGAUCUUUACCUAAAGAAAGGUGUAUCUGCUGUAAUUCAAAACUUAGCAUCCAUCGCUAGAUGCGCUCACAACUGUGCAGAAUACAAGGGACCAACCUUUGGUUACAAACCCAAUCCAAAUAUCCAACCCGCAAAGAAAUGGGAUGAAAUUAAAAUUGGUGGUCCAGUUUUCGUAACUGAUAUCGAAAAUAAAGAAAAUAUUCAACCUCCAAAUUGUACAAAAUGUGGUCACGAAAAAGUUUGUCAAGCCUGUUAUCCUCCAUCGUCCCAAAAAGUUAACAUUAUCAGUGAAAAAGAAAAAGAAAGAGAGAAGGAAAAAGAGAAAGAGUUUUUACAAAAAAUUCAAAAUUUAUCAAAUGUUUUAAAAGAAAAGGAAGAUCAUAUUAAAUCUUUAAUAGAUAAUUUGGAUAAACAAAAAAAGAAACAAGUCGAUGAUGAAAAAGAAUUAAAAGAAUUAAUCGAAACUCAAAAAACUCAAAUUCAAUCAAAAGAAAACAUUAUUCAAUCAUUAAACAAAACAAAUUCAAAUUUAGUUUUAUUAGCAUCAAACAAUAGCAGCAAUAAUACUGUAACAACUCCACCAUCCUCUACCAUUAAGUCAAACUCUUAUGUCACUCCACCAACCACUACCAGCACCACAAGCACCUCUUUGGCCAAUAAUGCCAACAAAACCAAUAGAAACUCUGGUGUAUUUCAAGCAGUAUCUACCAUUAAUAAUAAAGUCAAUACUCCAUCCUCAUCAUCUACUCUAAAUGCAACCACCACCACGAAUACAAUUAAAUGCUCUAGAUGUAACUCUACAACCAAUAAACCAACCCAAAAAUAUUGCUCAUGUGGUGAACUACUUAAAAAAGAUACAGCUACCACAACAACAACAACAAAUUCAUUUAUUUUCAAUAAACCCCCAACCACCAUCAACACCACCACUAGUAGCAUUGCUACAAACAAUACCACCACACCAUCAUAUUUAAAUAAAAACAGAAAUAGUACCAACCUUACAAAUAAUACUGGUAUAACUAUCAAUAAUAGUAAUAAUAGUGAAAUUGAAAAAUUAAAUGAUAAAAUUUCAACCCUUUGUUCAACAAUGAAACAACAAGAGGAAACUAUUUCAAGAUUAAAUAAUCAAAUUAAUUCAGAAAAACAAAUUUAUGAAAAAGAGAAAAAACAACAAAAACAAACCAUUGAUAAUCAACAAAUAUUAUUAAAUCAAAAAGAACAGGAUUUAAAGAAAGCUUUGUCAUCAAAUACUUCUAGCAACACUGCAACAAACCAAAGCAACAAACCAUUUUUAUUAGGUGCAGAAUUAAGAUCAAUUAAUACCAAUCAUUCGAAUGAUCCAUCAAUUUACAGUAAACCAUAUGGUAGUAAUAUUAAAGUUGAUAAUGCAUCCAAUAUUACAACUACUUUACCAUCAAACUCAACUAUCAUUGGAAAUAAAGAAUUAGAAACUCUUAGAGAUAAACUAAAAGAAUUAGAAUAUAGAUUAAAUGAUGAAAUUUCGAAAUCCAAAGCUAAAGAUUCAACAAUAGCAUUAUUAAAUGAAAAGGUUUUAAGCUUUAAUAAUAGACCAAAGAGAGUUUUAACAGGUGCUGUAAGCUCUGCCAAGUCAAGCCAAAUUGUUGUAGGUAGAAAGAGAUUCAAUACAUUGAAACCAGACUCUGUCGAUAUUACUACUUUAGUAGAUGCCACCCUUUCUCAUCUAUCUGCUAUCCUAUAUAACAAGCCAAUCGAAUUUUAUCAAGUUACAUCACUCAAAGAUCUAUUCAAGACUGAAACUGGUAGACGUAGAUUCACCCAAAUUUUAUCAUCAACUUUAAAACAAGUACCACAAUUACAACUCUCUGAAACCUCUUUCGAAUUCUUACUCUAUUUAAUUAGCUGUGCACUUCAAGAAAUGAAUAUCAGCCAAGACCACGAUUUCCAAUGUGCUAGAAUUAUCUUCCACUCAUCUGAUUCACUCUAUCGUGUCGGCAAAACAGGUCAAUCUGAAUUCCUCAAACCAUUCAUUACCAGCUCUCCAGUUUUCAAAGAUAUUAGAUUUUGGUCUGAUUACUUCUGGGUUCAGUUAAGUAAACGUCAUAGAAAGGUAUAUGGUAAAAUCCCAGAUACUCUCGAUCGUGAAAUCAUUAUCAAUCUUCUAUCUUACUUUGGUGUUAAUAUGACUUACUUUGGUAUUUCAAGUGAUCAAGUUAAAGAAUUUAUUAACGAAAUGGGUUCUCAAAAUAAUUUAGAUAAAAAACAAAUAGAUUAUAUUAUUUCAACUUUAAAAGACUCACCACUAUAUCAAAGUAUCAAUACCAAUAAUGAUAAACAAAAAAAUACUGUAGUAUCAUCUGCAAAAGUUUCAAAAAAAGAUAAAGAUGAAAAAAAGAAAAAAUAA